AUGGAGAGCCAGAAUCUUGUCCAGGAGUUCAAUACCCAGGUGGCUCUGUAUCGGGAGCUGGUUAUUUCCAUUGGGGAUGUUUCUGUCACUUGUCCGUCUCUGCAUGCGGAAUUGCACAAAACUCGAACACGGGGAUGUGAGAUGGCCUACCAGGCUCAUCAAAAACUAGCAGCAAUUUCUGGCCCAGAAGAUGGUGAAAUUCAUCCUGAAAUCUGUAGGCUAUACAUUCAGUUACAAUGCUGCAUAGAAAUGUACACCACAGAAAUGCUGAAGUCCAUAUGUCUUCUAGGAUCACUGCAAUUUCAUCGAAAAG